AUUCCCUCACGGAGAUCCCCAGUCGCACGUAGAACGUAAAGCGCAAACGUUACGUGUAAGUUACAUAUAUACACAUCGUAUAUCGUAUCGUAUUUGGCGCGCGUCCUUGCCUAUAAUCGUUUUGGUUCUACGAGCCGCAUGCGGAGGAAAAUCAGUGAACGCUUUUGGGAAAACAAAUGUUCGUCAGGGGUUCCGAUGAAUCCGUGACGGACACAUUGACAACUUGUUAAUCAACAAAACAAACUUUGGAUUUUUAAAGUAAUAUUGUCUGUGAUAUUAGUGAUAAUUAGAACGUUAAACUGGAGACCGGUUGUUUUUUUUUUGGUAUUCGAAUGUGUUUAACGAAGAUGCAACUGAGGAGCGCAUUGUGAUAUUGUUUGUUUCGUUUUAUUCAAGAUUAGUGUUAAGAUGGCUAGAGGCAGGAAAUUAAGAAAAAAACAAGUGAGAAGGUGUUACUGUGAAGGACACUGUCCAAAUGGCCAAAGCAAUGGGACGUGUGAGGUCAAACUUGGAGGCAUGUGCUUCACAGACGUGGAGGCUUACGUGGAGGAUGGUGAGGAGUAUCCCGUACGACAGUAUGGAUGUUUGCCGCCUGUCGAAGGAACUAUUAUGCAGUGCAAAGGAUACCUGGUACCUCACAAAAACGGCAAAAGUAUCCAGUGCUGUGACGACUCGGAUUUUUGCAACAAAAACUUGAAACCCAUGUAUUCUCUGAAGCCUACGACGGACGUACCGACCUUCGGAACUCCAGACAAUUUGCCAUACAUCGUUCUUCUCACAUCAGUGACGUUUUGCCUCAGUCUGUUCCUCCUGGCGAUAGCUUUUGUCUACAUCAAGUACCGAAAGAAGGAGGCCAACCUAUACGCUAAGGGAUACGCGUCUGAAAAGUACCCCAACAUGGAAAUCCACGGACCACUCACGAGCCUAAUCGAACAGAGCAGCGGAUCCGGAUCAGGACUUCCCAUUUUGGUCCAAAGAACAAUUUCUAAACAAAUCCAGAUGGUGAAACAAGUUGGGAAAGGCAGAUACGGCGAAGUGUGGCAAGCCAGAUGGAGAGGAGAGAAAGUAGCCGUGAAGAUAUUUCUCACUACAGAAGAACAGAGUUGGUUCAGGGAGACGGAGAUUUACCAAACAGUUUUAAUGAGGCAUGAAAACAUUUUGAGCUUCAUCGCAGCUGACAUCAAGGGCAGUGGCUGGACGCAAAUGCUUUUGAUUACAGAUUACCACGAGAAUGGGUCUCUAUAUGACUACCUGCAAGACCAUUGCUUGGAUCCUGGCUCUUUACUGAUUAUGGCAAAAAGUGUGGCAAGCGGUUUGUCACACUUACAUACAGAAAUCUUUAGUACGCGGGGCAAACCCGCCAUCGCACAUAGAGACAUCAAAAGCAAAAAUAUCUUGGUGAAAAGGAACGGAGAGUGUUGCAUAGCCGACUUUGGCCUGGCAGUGAAGUACCUGAGUGACACCAAUGAAAUCGACGUGCCUCCCAAUGUGAGGAGCGGAACGAGACGAUAUAUGGCUCCAGAAAUCCUGGACAAGUCGAUAAACUCUUUAGAGUUUGAGGCUCACAAGAAGUCUGACAUGUAUGCCCUCAGUCUUGUUUACUGGGAGAUGGCAAGGCGGUGUGUUACCGGUGACAAGCUGAAAUCGGCGGAUGAGUACGCGGUGCCGUAUUAUGACUGCGUACCGAGCGAUCCCAGUUUUGAGGAUAUGUUGCAGGCAGUGUGCAUCAAGAAAAUCCGACCUCAGAUCCCGCAAAAGUGGGAAAAUGACGAGGUCCUGAAGACCUUGUCGAAGAUCAUGCAGGAGUGUUGGCACGGGAACCCCGACGUCCGAUUAACGUCGCUCAGAGUAAAAAAGACGUUGACGAAGUUGGACCCAGAUGUUAGUAUAAAAAUUGUGUAGUUAUUGUAUUUGUUAUGUUUGUGUGUUUGUAUAAUGUAAAGUUGUUGGGUAUGUGAUUAGGUGACGCCGGUAUUACUUUUUAUGUUAUUUAAUAGAAACAAAAUUGUUUAAAACUUUUUUGACACGUACCCAACAAGAAAAAUCAUCCUUGUAUAUAUUUAUAAAUAAGUAUAUUAUAAAGUGUAAAUAUUGAGAAACGAACAGGUAGCUUUAAAGUUAUGUAGUAAGUUGAAAGAUUUUGGUAUAAAAUGGUUUUUAUUGUAUUAGGCUAUAAUAUUUAUUGUUUUGUCAGGUAAUUUUUAGCAGCGAGUUUAAUUUUGCAUUCAGGCGAAGUGGACGUAUUCAAUUACGUUUUUAAACUGCAGAUAUAUCUUUAUAUAAAAUUAGUUUUUAUUCAUUAUUUUUGCAUUCAGAUAUAUUGAUGUUAAAAUCGUAGAUUAUCCUUUAUAUUUGUUACUUUAUUAAACUUUCAUUUUAAAAACAUCAUACUUUUUAACGAAAUAAAAUAACUUUUCUUUUCAGACGAUACAUAUUCGUAUAUGCAGCUUUUAGUGGCAAAAGAGAUAUCACUUGUUAAACAAGCACUUAUAACCCCGUUUUGCUCAAAAAAAUGUGCAAUUUUCAGUUGUAAUUGUUUACGUUUGGUAUUACAUUUUAAUUUUUAUAAAUAUGACGAGUGGUAAAAUUUGCAUUUAAAUUCCAUUUUUAUUCCCCCUUUGUAUAUAUUGACCGUGACGUAGAAGAGUUUUUAGAUUGAAUGCGCAGUAAUAUUGUUUUAUAUUGCAAGACUGAUAUUUGUAUGUUAUAGUUAACUGUAAUAUAAAAAUGUGUAAUAAAUUGUAAUAUAACCUAUAUAUAAUUA